UGACUUUGUAAGUGGAUUUGGCACCGAAUGACUUUGUAAGUGGCCUUGGCAGCCCCAGGCAGGAGCUGGAGCAGCUCUGGGAGCAGCAGCAUGGAUUGCUGCGUGCUCCAGAUCACCGGGCUCAUUUUUGGCGGCGUGGGCAUGGUGGGCACCUUGGCGGCCACGGCCAUGCCCCAGUGGAGGGUCUCGGCCUACGUGGACGGCAACAUCGUGGUGUUUGAGACCAUCUGGGAGGGGCUGUGGAUGGACUGCAUCAGCCAGCUGGGCCUCAGGCUGCAGUGCAAGUUCUACGACUCGGUGCUGGCGCUGCCGCCGCCGCUCGAGGCCUUGCGGGCCCUGAUGUGCCUGGCCGUGGGGCUGGCCGUGCUCUCCUUCCUCACGGCCGUGGCGGGGGUCAAGUACUCCCAGGGCGGCCGGGAGGGGCCCCGGGCCGUCAGCGGCCUCAUCCUGGCGGCCGGGGUCGCCUUUCUGCUGACGGGCACCCUGGCGCUGAUCCCGGUGUCCUGGACCGGCGGCAGCAUCGUCCGGGAUUUCUACGACGGCCGGGUGCCGGCGCCGCUGAAGCGGGAGCUGGGGGCAGCCCUGUACGUGGGCUGGGGCAGCGGUGCCCUGCUGCUGGCCGCAGGAGCCAUGUACUGCCACGUGUGGUGCCGGGCUGCGCCGCCCGCCGCCCACCGCUACCCCCGGCUGGCCCGGCCGGGAGGGCCGGCCCCGGGUGCCCGUGCCUAUGUAUAGCUGCCACGGAGUGCUCUGGGCUGCACGGGACAUUCAGGAUCAUCCCACACCAUCCCUGCCACGGCAGGGACACCUUCCAUCAUCCCACGGAGCUCCAAGCCCCGUCUGACCCGGCUUUGGACACUUCCAGGGAUCCAGGGCCAUCCUGUGGACCUUCCUACUUGAUACGUGCUGAUUGACUUCUUCAUUUACCUCCAGGCGUGCACUGGAGGAGCAAUUGAGUUGCUUGGCUGUUUACUGUGGAUAUCUGCUGCACAGAUAUCCUGGCAGCCUGGCAGGAGCUGCUCUUACAGCUGUCUGGUUAGAGCCAGAAUGGUUAGUCACCAUUUCUUUGGGAAUGAGGAACGGCGAGGGGACAGCAGCAGUCAGGAGGUUCUCAGGGAGGAUGAACAGGCUGGGCUGGGCUGGGGGGAAGGAGCUGCUGUGCAAUAUCCCAGUGCCCUUCCCAAAGCCCUGAGGUGCAAAGGGAGCAGGGAAUUUCCCUGUGGAGCGGGCUCUGCAAGGACAGCUCUGGGAGAAGCGUGGAGCUGGCAGCACAGCUCGGUGGCCGGAGAAGCUUCCAGUGCUGGCACUGAGAUGUUUGUGCUGAGAGACCUCUGAGACUGUCCAUGGACCUCUCUAAUGCUUGUGGAGCUGGUGGAUGCUCCUCAUCUCCUCGGCAGGGCACGGAAUAGGGCUCGUGGGACAGAUUUUUAAUCACUUCCCUGGAAUGUGCCGUGAGAGUGUUGCCUUCCCUGCUGUUUCCACCCCUCAUCUUCUGUGGCUCCUCUGUAAAACUCGGGGCACACCAUCAGUCCCUGUGCUGCUGUAAAGCAGAAUUAAGCAGGGAAGGCACAGACAGCCCCCACCUGCCCCUCGGAGCUGCUGCCCACGGCUCCCAGCACGCCCAAAAAGCCCAGCCCUGAUGUUGCUCUGGCUGUUUUGUGCUUGCCAGGCUGCUCUGGGAAUGCAGCCCGAUCCUGUCUGUCCGUCCUGCAGGAUCCAACAGCGCUUGCAGCCGGGAAUUUUGUUAUUCCCAGCUGCAACCCUUGGAGCCUGCACUUGGUGUCCGUGCUGCUGCUGAACACCCAAAGGAGGUCCAGCCCAGAAGGGUUGUCUGGUUCUUUACCCAGCAGUGAUGGAUGGCAGCGUUUAAGGGAUCAUUUCAUGGCAUAGGCUCAGCCUGACCCUUUUCUGUGCCCGUGGCUGGUGCUGAGAAAAGGCUGUAAUGACUGUUUGGGCUGAGGAGAGCAGUGUCUCUGUGUAUUCAUUUGACUGCUCAAUUUGAAAGAGAACAUGGAAAGCUGCAUUUAAUUAAAGAAGCCUUUUAUUAACUUGGCUUCAGAUGAACUUAGAUGAGACGGUGCUCCACAGAAAUUCAUUCCAUGUAUGAACCCACGAGCAUUUGCACUGAAGGCAAACAGCUCAGAUCUUGCAGUGGGAAUUUUCGAGGCACCACAGAACAGGUUUCAUGGCUCUGUGUUUCACCUGAGCAGUCAAAUCAGCACUUGGUAAUUCUCGAUGGAAAUGGAAGAAAACAGUCAUAAAUAGGCUUUGUAGCACUAAACCUUAUAUUUUUUCUGUUGCCUUAUGAAGUCUGUCACAGUAGCUGUCACUGACAGCUGAUUUCAGUGGAGUCAUUCUGGUGACUCUGGUAAUAAUUUCCACUACCUUGAGGAACUCCACCUCCUAUUUUAUUGUAAUUUUGCCCUAUAAUGCGCAUUUUGUUUAAUAUGGAACUAUUUGGUGAGUAAGCCAGAACUGCACAUUUUGGAGUAAUUUAGAUGUGACACUUGUGAUUAACAAAGCAGAGCAUGAAGACAUUUGCAAUGCAAAUUUGAUACGUAUUUAUGUGGAGGUAAUGGAUUUAAAUGAUGAUGUAUUCAGUCUAAUGCAACUUUAUGCAGAUGUAAGUGCUUAAGAAGUAAUUAAGUACAGUUUUCUAUAACAUUAAUUAGAGGAUCCUGAAUGCUCCCACUAUCAGUGGGCUCAUCUAGGAAUCAAAUUGGAACGGGGUGUGCCAUUUGCACUGGUAACUUUAUUUUGAAAGAGUAGGAAGAUAAAGGUGUUUUAUUUGAGCAUUUAACAUCACUUUCAAAGGAAACCUGAGCAUUUAAUGUCUGACAUUAGCACCUGAUGACUACAUAUUGCCCCAUUUCUCUCUUUUACCAGCAGAUCAAAAGAGGAGCUCAGACAAAAUCUCCUGAGUGGCGCACAUGGCAGUUCCUGGGGAUGUGGUGGAGCAUUGGACGUUCUCAGGAAUGCGUUUAAGGCUCUGUUAACAUUAUUUAACAUUAACAUUUCUGAGUUUGGUGCAGGAACAGCUCUCUCUAAUCUGGGGAGGGGUAAAGUGGGGGUGCCUCCUCCUGCUGAGCAGGACUGACAUUCCCACGCUGUGGAUUCUGGCAGGGAAACACCCAGUUAGAGGAUUAGCAGAUGUUUUAUCUCUGAGUGCAAGGAAGGUGUUGGGCACUGAACGGCUGCAUUUGUGCCUGCUAAGGGACACAGAGUUUUUCCUUUUCCUUUACCCGGUUCAGAUGCUCUGAACUGACGUGGGAGCUGCAGCCUGGGAGAAGGAAAAGGAAGCUGUAAGACUUCCCUGCAGUUGAACUAUUGAAAUGGAACCGCUGCUGUGGAUGAGUUUUGUGAGGGUAACAGAAAAGUCUGGCUGGAGGAGCUGGGACACAUCCCUGUGCCCAAAGCUGCACCUGCUCUGGAAAAUCUCCAGCUCCUGCUGGCUUCUCUCCAGUAACCCCGAGUGCCCAAGGGGAUUCCUGCAGCUGAUUUGGACGGCUGAACUGUCCUUCCACGAGACAGGUGAGGAUGCUGAGGAACAAGAGUAGUGCAGCAAAGACUUAGGGAAGGAGCUGCCUCUGUGCUCCGGGAGAGCCCUGGAGGCAGAGCUCGGUCACGGCGCUGGGGGAAGCAGGCUGGGAAUCAUCACAGCCUGGGAAUCACUCUUCUCUGGCAAGGACAGAAACUCUCCUUGGCUCCACCCUGGCCUGUGGCUGGAAUUUGCUGGGGAGUGGGCCAGGGGUGGCUAAAACGUUGUCAGGCUGUGAGUGCUGCAGCUCUGCUCUCCUGGAGGAGGUCGGGGGAAGCUGCCCUGGUGCCCCAGGCAGAACUGGCAGAGCCUGCCCAGACUGCUUUGAGAGAGCUGAUUAAAUACCCUGGCUCCACCUCUGCUGUGAUACCCUGCUGCUUUUAUUUGCUUUAGUCUUGGUGACUGCGGGACAAAGUGGAAACAAACGUGCCUAGCUGAGACCUGGCUGUGUAUUUGAAAUAAAUGCGUGGCCUUGCUGGGAAAAUCCACAGCUGCUGGAGGUUUAUGUCCUAACAGGGGCCAGAGGAGUCCUGCAACUGUAUUGGAGUAAAGCCAGAGGGACCCAGCCCUCGGGGUUUUGGCUACUGAUAGCUGAGUUCUCCCAUCCUUCUCUUCCAGCUGAGAAGUCCAAAUCUCCAGGGCCCCAGAGACCCUGCCCUGAGUGUGAGGGGCUGUGCCCAGCUGUCCUGGCUGCUGGCCCUGCACUGCUGCCUGGCUGGAACGGGCAGAAAAGCCAAAUUCAUUCCCAAAUGAAGCCAGAUAACCCCAAAGGAACUCAAGUAACCUCGGAUCAAUUAAAAAAGACUCAAAUGACCUCAAG